AUGGGAAGUGAUGGUGGUCCGAUGCUGUCAGAAAGUGAUAAAUCUGGAGCGAAAUACCCGACAUCACCAUUAUCGGCACUUAAGUUAUCAAACGUGCCAUCUCCUACCAAACAAAAUCGAGAACCUCAAGUUAAAAAUAAUGGCCAAACACCACAUAUAGUUCACAAUGGGAUAGUGGAGGAGGAUAAUACACAAGAGGGUAAGCUAAUUACUACGGAAAGAGAAAAUCCGGAUGACUUUGGUUUUGAUGUUGUUCUUAACGAUGAUCUAAUGGUUAAUCAAUAUCAAUCAACAAAUAAGCACCAUAACAAAGAGAAAAUAAAGAAAGCAGGUGAAUUGGCAUUGAUAUUUUUGGACACCCGAAAAACAUUAAUGGCUGACCAAAAUAUAGUGGAUCCAAUGAAUAAUACGUCUAAAUUUGAUAGUAUGGGACAUCCACGCAGUCUGGAAGAUGGACAGGGAGAAAACGUACGUAAAAUAACUAGAAGCACAAUAAUAAGAGCUGAAAAGGUUAAGUCCAUGAUAGGACUUGAAUAUAUGUGUAUUCAGAAGUGUUAUGACUCGUCAGUUUCUAAUGCCGAGACGAAUAUGCAUCCUGGAGUUGAAGGAGUCUAUAAUCCAUUACAGGUAAUACGGAAUAGAAAAAUAAGAGCUAAAUAUCACGAAUACCCGAAGCUUUUAACUGUGAAGACACUACCGUUAGCAUCAAACGUGUUUAGUUCCAAAAAUAAGAAUAGGGAUUCCAAACGACAAUGGAAAAUGAUAUGGGCAAUCGAGUUAAAUGAAUUAAUAAGUGACUUAUCGUGGAGACAAUUACACUGGACUGAAUUAAAGAAAUCAAACGGAGAACUUUGGUUUCCAUCGUCCACGGAUGCAUCAAUUUAUACUUCGAAGCUGGGCGAUUCUAAACAUCGUGGACACAAAUUGUAUGAUAAGUUAUUUGCUGACACCGAGGACGAAACAAGUAAGGAGAAUAAUGGAAAAGAUACUAACCAUUUGUUGGCGAAAACAUCUACUGAAAGUUACGACGAUUCGAAACUGAAUGUUUCAAAAAGGAACAGUCACCAUAAGACACAUAUGAUUAAAGAGAAAAUAAAGAAGCAUUCAAAAGGGUUUCAUUAUUCAUCUCCUUCAUCUUCUCAAUCAUCCUCGUUUGCUAAAGACGCGAGUCAAGACGAUAGCCAAGUUAAUCAAGUUGAUCGACAAAGUGGAAGACUCCAGGAUUCUCUUGCAUCUGGGCUGAGGCAUUCAAGGGGUGACAGCAUUAUGAUUGAAUCCAAUAAUAACGGAAUAGAAGAUGGCAAUGAGAUAAUUGAUGAAUCACCCAAAUGGAAUGAAAAGUACACCAAAAAUUUGACCCCAUCAAUAAAGGUCGAUGAUAAUUAUCUUGGAAAUGAAUCAAAUAUCCUGAAUUUACAUAUUAAACCAAUGGAACAUCAUAGGAAUAAUAGCUGCGAUAGAGCAAAUGAAAUGGAUCAAUAUAGAAACGAGAAGAAAGAAGACAUAGAAGAAAUAGAACACGUAGAAGAGGUUGGAGACCUACAUGCAUCAGAGCAAGAAAAGGCUAAUCAGGAAAUAAUUGCAAUAAAUUCCGAUUUAAAUUAUUUUAAUACGGCUCAAAUUAUCAAAUUAAGCUAUUUAAAUAAUAUUCAUCCUGCUAUUUUAGAGGCAAUUCACCUGAAGCUUAAUUUGAUUAUCAAUAAACAGUUGUCCGAAAUUACACAAUUGUCAGUUAAUAUAGACGACAAUUACAUAUCGACUCAUGAAAUGUUUUAUAGUGGUUUUUUAAAUGAGAUAAAAUCUUUGACACAUUUAAUUAAUGACGAUUAUUCCAUCAAGAUAGAUAACAUAUUAAGUAAUAGUGACAGAUCAAUCGGUGAGAUUAAUACAUCGUUAUCUUUAGAAUUAAGAAAGGCUAAUGAAAAGUUAGAUAAACUAAAUUCCUCUUUAUUUGGAAAUAUUGUCACUGAUACUUUUAAGGACAGCGAUAUUUCCAUGUCCUUCACAGAUGGUGGUAAUUACAAAAUGCUAUAUCUAUUUUUGGAAAAUUUUAUCGUUAUAUUAUUAAGAAUUAUUUGGGUAAUUGCUAACAUUUAUCGCUUUUUCAGAAUGAUCAUACAGAUUAUCUGGAAAGUGGUUUGGCACAUUUUUUCAUUUUUCACGCUAAAUACUUGA